AUGAGUUUAUCGUCUGAUCCAAAGGUCCAAAGAAAGUUUCUCGAUCUUCAAAUUUCAAACAAAUCACUUCUGACUCUUAAUGCUACGCUGGAAUCCACUGUUAAAGAACAAACGGAUAAAAUUGCUACAAUGCCAUCAUUUGAAGUAAUGAUGGAGACACAACAAAAGCAAUCUGAAUAUCUUAAUAAAAGAAAACGUAAUAAUGAAAAAGAAAAGGCACCCUACGAUCCAAAUUCUCCUCCAUUAAAAUCUCUUCCACAUGUCAUUUUUUACAGAGUAUAUGAUGAUAUCACAGUUGUUUCCUCUGUGGUGGUGUCUUUACUCUAUACGAUGUAUAUAUUUCCUGUUAUUGUAGUAGCAAUAUCGGCCAGACAAUUUGCUGAUAAGUCCAGAGAAAAGAUUCAAGGAAUAUUAAUAUCAAAUUGA